AUGUCAUUAAGUGCUAUUACAUUAAGAGAUUUAAUAAGCGAAGCGCGUUCAGUGCCAACAUUCACUGGACAAGACGCUUAUAGUCUCAAAUCAUUUAUCGAGGAAGUCGAAGCCCUCGUAAGGUUGACAACGGAUGAGGAAGGCAGAAAUUACAUAUAUAGAAUCUUGUACUCCAAGAUUCAAGGUCCAGCAGCCGCAGCAGUCAGGAGAAUCCAACUAAAGAAAGGACAACUAAAGACAACAUUUGGUGUUCAAAAGAGCUACUUAAAACUAAAAGAAGAAGCUGAUUCCACAACCUGUAAAAAUGUAAGUGAUUUGUAUACUAAGUUAAAUUCUAUAUUAAAUUUAUUAAACUUGAAAUACGACUUGGACGACAGCAAACCUGUUGAAUUCAGUCCAAGCAAUAACGAAAUCUCAAUAGUAGAAAAAUUUUUAAACAAAAUAGAUCGGGUAGAUUCAAUGUUUUUACGCACAAAAAGCGUAAAAUCAUUAGAACAAGCCUAUAGAAGCUUGUUAGAAACAAAUAUAUCCGAUAGUAGGAUUCCUGGCAAUAACUUCUCAUAUAGGAACAAUAGUAAUACAAACUUUAGAAAUAAUCACAACUCAAAUUUUAGAAAUAAUAACACAAAUUCAAGAAAUAACCAUAGAAACACAAACAGGCCUUUCAACAACAACAAUUACAAUAACAACAUAAGAAACACUUACACAAACAGACCAAUAGGCAAAAACUAUACUGCUAACGAGAAUUUUAGGAAUUUUAGACCCAACCAACAGUUUGAUAAUACUAGUAAUAACCCACCAGGACCAUCUUAUAACAAAAAUCGGUCAAUUCCAGUUCCAAUGGACGUAGAUUCGCAUUCCACUGAAAAUUUUCACUGUGGUCCUCUUGUCCGACAUUACCCUUAG